AUGAUGACCAUGACUACGAUGGCUGACGGUCUGGAGGCGCAGGACUCGUCCAAGUCCGCUUUCAUGGAGUUCGGCCAGCAGCAAGGGCAGCAAGGCCAAUCCCAUUCGGCGCAGAGCUCGCCGUCCAUGGCUGGCGCGCACUACCCGCUGCACUGCCUGCACUCGGGCUCGCACCACCACCAGCACGACAACACCGCCGCCUACCCGGCCGGCAACACCUACAACCGCUCCCUAGCCUACCCUUACGUGAGCCACCCGCACCACAGUCCCUACCUGUCCACCUACCACAACAACACGGGAGCGCAGACGCGGUUAGACGGCGCAGAGCAGCAGAAAACGACGGUGAUCGAAAACGGGGAGAUUCGAUUUAACGGGAAAGGGAAGAAAAUCCGCAAACCAAGGACGAUUUAUUCCAGUUUGCAGCUACAGGCGCUUAAUCACCGAUUCCAGCAAACCCAGUACCUCGCUUUACCUGAGCGGGCCGAAUUGGCCGCAUCGUUAGGCCUGACCCAAACCCAGGUAAAGAUCUGGUUCCAGAACAAGCGCUCCAAAUUCAAGAAGCUCCUCAAGCAAGGUGGCAACCCGCACGAGAGCGACCCAAUGCCGGCAUCCAUGAGCCUCUCCCCCCGGUCUCCGUCCAUCCCCCCAAUAUGGGACGUGUCGGCCUCAUCCAAAGGAGUAAACAUGGCAGCCAACAGCUACAUGCCCGGCUACUCUCACUGGUAUUCAUCCCCGCACCAGGACUCCAUGCAGAGAUAG